AUGGAGAAUGAGGGCCAGGCUCAGGGCAGGGCUAACGGCACUGGAGGCUCCGGGGUCCCGCACCUCCAAACAGCUCUAGAUGUCUCCCACAACCUGCUCCGGGCGCUGGAUGUUGGGCUCCUGGCGAAUCUCUCAGCGCUGACAGAGUUGGACAUAAGCAACAACAAGAUUUCUACACUAGAAGAAGGAACAUUUGCUAAUUUAUUUAAUUUAAGUGAAAUAAACCUGAGUGGGAACCCGUUGGAGUGUGACUGUGGCCUAGCUUGGCUGCCGCGCUGGGUAGAGGAGCAGCGGGUUCAUGUGGUGCAGCCAGAGGCGGCCACUUGUGCGGGGCCUGGCCCCCUGGCUGGCCUGCCCCUCCUUCGAGUCCCCUUGUCUGACGGUGGCUGUGGUGAGAAGUACGUUGCCUGCCUCCCCAACAACAGCUCGGGUGCCACGGUGCUGGUGGCCUUCGCAGUUGCUCAUGAGGGUCCACUGGUGCCCGAGGCCUGCAGUGCCUUCUGCUUCUCCACCGGCCAGGACUUCGCGGCCCUCUCAGAGCAGGGCCACUGCCUGUGCGGGACUGCCCAUCCCCCCAACACCUCCUCCAUCUGCCUGUCCUUCUGCUCUAGCUCCCCACAGCCCCCUGCCCCUGCCUGCAGGGGCCCCACCGUCCUCCAGAAUGUCUUCCCUGCCUCCCCAGGGGCUGCCCUGGUGGGGCCCCAAGGACCCCUGGCCUCUGGCCAGCCAGCAGCCUUCCAUGUCACUGCCUUGCUGCCUGUCAGCUCCACACACUGGGACUUUGGUGACAGCUCCCCUGAGGUGGACAUUGCUGGUCCUGCCAGCGUUCAUCACUAUGUGCUGCCUGGGCGCUAUCACGUGACAGCAGUGCUGGCCCUGGGGGCUGGCUCAGCCCAACUGAGGACAGAGGUGCAGGUGGAGGCGGCUCCCGCUGCCCUAGAGCUCAUGUGUCCAGCCUCGGUGCACAGUGAUGAGACCCUUGAGCUCAGCAUCCGAAAUCGUGGUGGCUCAGGCCUUGAAGCUACCUACAGCAUCAUGGCCCUGGGCGAGGAGCCAGUCCAAGUGGUGCAUCCGCUAUGUCCGUCUGACACCGAGAUCUUCCCUGGUAACGGACACUGCUAUCGCCUGGUAGCAGAGAAGGCAGCCUGGCUGCAGGCGCAGGAGCAAUGCCGGGCCUGGGCUGGGGCCGCCCUGGCCAUGGUGGACAGUCCCGCCAUCCAGCACUUCCUGGUUUCCCGCGUCACCAGGGGCCUGGACGUGUGGAUUGGCUUCUCGGCUGUGGAGGGCGCUGAGGCAGGCCCGCGGUCUCAGGGUGAGGCCUUCAGCCUAGAGAGCUGCCAGAACUGGCUACCUGGGGAGCCACAUCCCGCCACUGCAGAGCGCUGUGUGCGGCUUGGGCCUGCUGGGCAGUGCAACACGGACCUGUGCUCGGCACCACACAGCUACGUCUGUGAGCUGCGGCCUGGAGGCCCCGUGUGGGAUGCGGAGAACUUCCUCCUGGGGGCGCCCAGCGGAGACCUGCAGGGACCACUGAGCCCCCUGGCACAGCAAGAGGCCCUCUCUGCCCCCCGGGAGCCCGUCGAGGUGAUGGUGUUCCCUGGCCUGGGCCUGAGCCGUGAAGCCUUCCUCACCGCUGCUGAGUUUGGAACCCAAGAGCUCGGCCGGCCUGCCCAGAUGAGGCUACAGGUGUACCGGCCCAUGGGAGGAGCAGGGGUCCCAGCGAACAGCAGCGAGCCUGAGAGGAGGUCCCUGGAGAACAGGACUGAGCUGGCUCCUGAGUGUACACCAGAAGGUGUCUGGUGCCCCAGAUCCAACAUCUGCCUGCCACUGGACACCCCCUGCUACCCUCAGGCCAACGGGUCCACGGCAGGACCGGGGCUCCCAGGGGCCUCCUACACACUGUGGAGGGAGUUCCUCUUCUCUGUACCUGCGGGGCCCCCUGCCCAGUACUCGGUCGCCUUCCGUGACCAGGAUGGCCCCCUGCUCCCUGGUGACCUCAUAGGCUUCCAGCAUGAUGCCGGCCCGGGCGCCCUUCUGCGCUGUACCCCAGCACUCAGCCAUCCUGGCCCCGAGGCCCCAUACUUCUCUAAUGCCUCGGCCUGGCUGGGCUGCCUGCCUACCCAGCUAGAGGCCAGCCGGGCAGGCCAGGCCUGUGCCCUGCGGCUGCUCACUGCCACAGAACGGCUCACCCCACUGCUGGGCCUCAGGCCCAAUCCAGGGCUGAGGCGGCCGGGACGCUAUGAGGUCCGGGCCGCAGUGGGCAACAGCGUGUCUAGGUGGAACCUAUCCUGCAGCUUCGAUGUGCUCUCCUCAGUGGCCGGGCUUCGGGUCGUCCACCCCAUCCCCCAUGAUGGCCUCCUCUACAUGUCCACCAAUGGCUCGGCCUUGGUGCUCCAGGUAGACUCCGGUGCCAACGCCACAGCCACGGUGCGCUGGCCCGGGGGCAACAUCAGUGCGCCCUUCGAGGCCACCUGCCCGGAUUCAGUGGCUGCCCUGGUGCCAAGCUGUGCCCAUGAGGCCAACAACACCCUGUUCUCAGUGUUGGCACUGCCGAGACUCCAUGAGGGCGAGCAUGCAGUGGAGGUUGUGGUGGAGAACAGCGCCAGCCGGGCCAACCUCAGCCUGUGGGUGAAGGUGGAGGAGCCCAUCUGCGGCCUCCGAGCCAUGCCCAGCCCCGAGGCCCGCGUGCUGCAGGGCGUCCUGGUGAGGUACAGCCCCGUGGUGGAGGCCGGCUCAGACGUGGUCUUCCGCUGGACCAUCGAUGACAAGCAGUCGUUGACUUUUCACAAUGUGGUCUUCAACGUCAUCUACCAGAGCGCUGCGGUUUUCAAGCUCUCGCUGACAGCCACCAAUCACGUGAGCAAUGUCACUGUGAACUACAAUGUCACGGUGGAGCGGAUGCAUAAGAUGCGGGGCCUGCGGGUGUCUGCAGUGCCACCUGUGCUGCCCCCCAAUGCCACGCUGGAGCUGGCAGCUGAUGUGCUAGUGGACUCGGCUGUGGAGGUGGCCUUUCUGUGGACCUUCGGGGAUGGAGAGCAGGUGAUCGGCCAGUUCAAGCCUCCAUACGAUGAGUCCUUCCAGGUCCCAGACCCCAUGGUGGCCCAGGUGCUAGUGGAGCACAACACCACUCACACCUACACCAUCCCAGGUGAGUACAACUUGACCCUGCUCGUGUCCAACGCCUUCGAGAACUUGACGCAGCUGGUGCCUGUGAGUGUGCGUGCCAUUCUGCCUGCCGUGGCUGUGGCUGUGGGCAGCCCUGUCCUGGUUGCUGGCCGGCCCGUCACCUUCUCCCCACAUCCACUGCCUUCUCCUGGGAGCAUCCUGUACACGUGGGACUUUGGGGAUGGUUCCCCAGGCAUGGUACAUCACCAGCCAAUGGUCAACCACACAUACACCUCGAGGGGUACGUACCACAUCUGCCUCGAGGUCAACAACACAGUGAGCAGCACGGGGGCGUGCACUGAUGUCCGCGUCUUUGAAGAGCUCCGUGGCCUGCGUGUGAGCCUGAGCUCAGCUGUGGAGCAGGGCACGCCGGUGGUGGUCAGCGCCGCCCUGGAGUCGGGCGACAAUGUCACAUGGACUUUUGACAUGGGGGAUGGCACGGUGCUCACGGACCCAGAGGCCUCAGUGGAGCAUGUGUACUUGCAGGCUCGGAACUAUACGGUGACCGUGGGCGUGUCUAGCCCCGCUGGCCACCUAGCCCAGAGCCUGCCCAUGCAGGUCUUUGUCCUGGAGGUGUUGUGGAUUGACCCUGUGGCCUGCAUACCGGUGCAGCCGCAGGCCCGGCUCACGGCCCACGUCACGGGGAACCCUGCCCACUAUGUCUUCGACUGGACCUUUGGGGAUGGCUCCUCCAACAUGACCAUCUGGGGGGACCCAACUGUGACUCACAACUUCACACAGAGUGGCACGUUUCCCCUGGUGCUCAUCCUGUCAAGCCGUGUGAACAAGGCACAUUACUUCACCAGUGUGUGCGUGGAGCCCGAGGUGGGCAACGUCACUCUGCUGCCUGAGAGGCAGUUUGUGCGGCUUGGAGACAAGGCCCAGUUGGUGGCCCACGCCUGGCCCCCGUUCCACUACCGCUACACCUGGGACUUUGGCACCGAGGAUGCACCCUGCGUCGGGGUCCCCGAGGCCACGUUCACCUAUUGGGAUGCAGGCUCCUACCUGGUGACGGUCACUGUGUCCAACAACAUCUCGGCUGCCAACGACUCAGCGCUCGUGGAGGUGCAGGAGCCCGUGGAGCUCACGGGCAUCAGGGUCAAUGGGUCCCGUGUGCUGGAGCUGCAGCAGCCUUACCUGUUCUCCGCUGUGGGCCACGGGCGCCCUGUCGCCUACCUGUGGGAGCUUGGGGAUGGCGCACGGCUGGAGGGCCCUUCGGUCACUCACAUCUACGCCAGCACAGGCCACUUCACCAUCAGGGUGGCCGGCUGGAACGAGGUGAGCCGCGGGGAGGCCCAGCUGAAUGUUUCAGUACAGCGGCGUGUGCAGGGGCUCAGUAUCAAUGCCAGCCGCACAGUGGUGCCCUUGAACGGUAGCGUGAGCUUCAGCACCUCACUGGAGGCGGGCAGUGAUGUGCGCUACUCUUGGGUGCUCUGUGACCGUUGCACACCCAUUCCUGGGGGCCCCACUAUCUCCUACACCUUUCGCUCUGUGGGCACCUUCAACAUCAUUGUCACAGCUGAGAACGAGGUGGGCGCUGCCCAGGAUAGCAUCUUUGUCUACGUCCUGCAACGCAUUGAGGGGCUGCAGGUGGCUGGCGGUGGCGGCGGCUGCUGCUUCCCCACCAACAGUACCCUUCAGCUACAGGCUGUGGUCAGGGAUGGUACCAACAUCUCCUAUGGCUGGACUGCCCAGCGGGACAGCGGCACAACCCUGGUUGGCAGCGGCAAAACCUUCUCACUCACUGUGCUUGAGGCUGGCACCUACCACGUCCAGCUGCGGGCUACAAACAUGCUGGGCAGUGCCUCAACCAACCGCACCGUAGAGUUUGUGGAGCCCGUGGGGUGGCUGUCUGUGGCUGCCUCCCCCAACCCGGCCCCUGUCAACGUGAGUGUCACCUUCUGUGCUGAACUGGCUGGUGGCAGUGAUGUCAUUUACACCUGGUCCCUGGAGGAAGGACUGAGCUGGGAGACCCCAGAACCAUCCACGACCCACACCUUCCCCACUCCCGGCCUAUACCUGGUCUCAGUCACGGCCAAGAACCAGCUGGGCUUGGCUAACACCACCAUUGAGUUGGCUGUGCAAGUGCCUGUGAGUGGCCUCAGCAUCAGGGCCAGUGAGCUGGAUGGAAGCUUUGUGAUGACUGGCUCCACUGUGUCCUUCCGGGGGCAGGUGGCUUCCGGCACCAAUGUCAGCUGGUGCUGGGCUGUUCCCGGUGGCAGCAGACACGGCCAGCACGUCACUGUGGCCUUCCCUGAUGCUGGCACCUUCUCUGUCCAGCUCAAUGCCUCCAACGCAGUCAGCUGGCUCAUCGCCACACACAGCCUCGUGGUGGAGGAGCCUGUCGUGGGCCUGGUACUGUGGGCCAGCAGCAAGGUGGUGGAGCCUGGGCAGCUGGUCCACUUCCAGAUCCUGCUGGCCUCCGGUUCAGCCGUCAGCUUCCACUUGCAGGUCGCGGGGGCUGGCCUCGAGGCGCUCCCAGGGCCUCACUUUUCCCGCAGCUUCCCCCGGGUUGGGGACUACACAGUGAGCAUCCAGGCCGAGAACCAUGUGAGCCGGGCGCAGGCGCAGGCACGCAUCCUGGUGCUGGAGGCCGUGGGUGGGCUCCAGGUGCCCAACUGCUGCGAAGCAGGCAUCGCCACAGGCACGGAGAGGAACUUCACGGCCCGAGUGCAGCGGGGGUCUCGUGUUGCCUAUGCCUGGUACUUCUCCUUACAGAAGGUCCAGGGGGACUCGCUGGUCAUCCUGUCAGGCCGUGAGGUCACCUACACCCCUGUGGCCGCGGGGCUCCUGGAGAUCCACGUGCGUGCCUUUAAUGAGCUGGGCGGUGUGAACCAGACUCUGGUGGUUGAGGUCCAGGAUGUCAUCCAGUACGUGGCGCUGCGCAGUGGCCGCUGCUUCACCAACCGCUCCGCCCGGUUUGAGGCUGCCACCAGCCCCAGCCCCCGGCGUGUGGCCUACCACUGGGACUUCGGGGAUGGGGCCCCGGCGGAGGACACAGAGGAGCCCUGGGCUGAGCACUCCUACCUGCAGCCUGGGGACUACCAUGUGGAGGUGAAUGCCUCCAACCUGGUGAGCUUCUUUGUGGCACAGGCCACAGUUACCGUCCACGUGCUGGCCUGCAGGGAGCCCAAGGUAGACGUGGCCCUACCCCCUCAGGUGCUGAUGCGGCGCUCCCAGCGCAACUACCUGGAGGCCCACAUUGACCUGCGCGGCUGUGUCAGCUACCAGACGGAGUACCGCUGGGAGGUGUACCGCGCCGCCUGAAUCAAGUGCUCAGGAAGGAAUCAUUACAGGACAAACCUUGGCGUGGACGUGAGCCGGCCCCAGCUGGUGGUGCCUCGCCUGGUGCUGCCUGUGGGCCACUACUGCUUUGUGUUUGUGGUGUCUUUUGGGGACACACCCUUGUCGCAGAGCAUCCAGGCCAACGUGACGGUAGCCCCGGAGCGCCUCGUGCCCAUUGUUGAGGGAGGCUCCUACCGAGUGUGGUCAGACGUGCAGGACCUUGUGCUGGAUGGGAGCAAGUCCUAUGACCCCAACCUGGAGGAUGGCGACCAGACACCGCUCAGCUUCCACUGGGCCUGUGUGGCCUCAACGCAGAGCGAGACCGGUGGGUGUGUGCUGAACUUCGGGCCCCGCGGAAACAGCAUAGUCACCAUCCCUCGGGAGCGUCUGCAAGCCGGCGUGGAGUACACCUUCAACCUGACCGUGUGGAAGGCUGGCCGGAAGGAGGAGGCCACCAACCAGACGGUGCUGAUCCGGAGCGGCCGGAUGCCCAUCGUGUCCUUGGAGUGCGUGUCCUGCAAGGCGCAGGGGGUGUACGCAGUGAGCCGCAGCUCCUACGUUUACUUGGAGGGCCACUGUGACAACUGCAGUGAGGGCUCCAAGCGUGGGCUCUGGGCUGCUCGCACCUUCAGCAACAAGACGCUGGUGCUGGAUGAGACAACCACCUCCACAGGCAGCACUGGCAUGCGGCUGGUGGUGCGGCGCGGUGUGCUGCGGGACGGCGAGGGCUACACGUUCACGCUCACGGUGCUGGGCCGCUCUGGCGAGGAGGAGGGCUGCGCUUCCAUCCGCCUCUCCCCCAACCGCCCUCCGCUGGGGGGUUCCUGCCACCUCUUCCCACUGGACGCCGUGCGUGCUCUCACCACCAAGGUGCACUUCGAGUGCACGGGCUGGCGGGAUGCAGAGGAUGCGGGUGCCCCCCUCGUGUACGCCCUGCUGCUUCAGCGCUGCCGCCAGGGCCACUGUGAGGAGUUCUGUGUGUACAAGGGCAGUCUCUCCACCUAUGGGGCUGUGCUGCCACCCGGUUUCGCACCCCACUUUGAGGUGGACCUGGCUGUGGUGGUGCAGGACCAGCUGGGUGCUGCCGUGGUCGCCCUCAACAGGUCUCUGGCCAUCACCCUGCCAGAGCCCCCAGGUGACCCCCUGGGAGGCCCCCCAGAACUCACCCCAUGGCUGCACAGCCUCACGGAGAGUAUGCUGCCCAGGCUGCUGAGACAGGCUGACCCCCAGCAUGUCAUCGAAUACUCACUGGCCCUUAUCACUGUGCUCAACGAGUAUGAGCAGACCCUGGCCAUGGUGGCAGAGCCAGACUUAAGGUGGCAGCUGCAAGCCGAGAUACGCAAGAAUAUCACAGAGACCCUGGUCUCUCUGCGGGUCAACACCGUGGACGACAUCCAGCAGAUCGCAGCCGUGCUGGCCCAGUGCAUGGUGGCCGGCAGGGAGCCUGUGUGCCGCCCAUGCCUACAGAAGACCCUGCACAAGCUGGAGGCCAUGAUGCGCAUCCUGCAGGCCGAGACCACCGCGGGCACUGGGACACCCACCGCCAUUGCCGACAGCAUCCUCAACAUCACAGGCGACCUCAUCCACCUGUCCAACUCAAACGUGCAGGACCUGCAGCCCUCAGAGCUGGGGGCUGAGCCGCCUGCACUGAGGGUGGCAUCCAGGGCCUAUAACCUGUCGUCAGCCCUCAUGUGCAUCCUCAUGCGCUCCCGAGUGCUCAAUGAGGAGCCCCUGACCCUGGCGGGCGAGGAGAUUGUGGCACAGGGCAAGCGCUCAGACCCACUGAGCCUGCUGUGCCAGGGCAAUGCCUCGGGCCCCGGCUGCCACUUCUCCAUCCCUGCCGCCUUCAGUGGGGCUCUGUCCAACCUCAGCGACGUGGUGCAGCUCAUCUUCCUUGUUGAUUCCAACCCCUUUCCCUUUGGCUUCAUAAGCAACUACACCGUCUCCACCAAGGUGGCAUCUAUGGCCUUCCAGACGCAGGCUGGCACCCAGAUCCCCAUUGGGCAGCUGGCCUCGGAGCGUGCCAUCACCGUGAAGGUGCCCAACAGCCCUGACCAGGCUGCCCGGGUCCACCGCAUCCCUGCUGGUUCCGCCAUCGUCCCGCCCCGGGCCUCGGUCAGUGCUGUGGUCACCCCCAACCACAGCAAACCGGAGGCCGGGCUGCACCUACAGCUCACCUACACGGUGCUGAACGAGCACUACCUGUCUGAGGAGCCCGAGCCCUACCUGGCUGUCUACCUGCACUCGGCGCCCUGGCCCAACGAGCACAACUGCUCGGCCAGCAGGAAGAUCAGCCUGGAGGCGCUGGCGGGCAAGGACCACAGGCCCUACACCUUUUUCAUCGCCCCUGGGACCCGAGACCUGGGCGGGAGUUACUACCUGAACCUGACCAGCCACUUCCGCUGGUCCGCGCUGGACGUGUCCGUGGGCCUGUACACGUCCCUGUGCCAGUACUUCAGUGAGAAGGAGAUGAUGUGGCGGACGGAGGGGCUGGUGCCCCUGGAGGAGACCUCGCCCAGCCAGGCUGUCUGCCUCACCCGCCACCUCACGGCCUUCGGAGCCAGCCUCUUUGUGCCCCCCAGCCACGUCCACUUCAUCUUCCCUGAGCCGGCCUUGGGCGUGAACUACGUCGUCCUGCUGACGUGCGCCAUGUGCCUGGUGACCUACGUGGUAACGGCUGUGAUCCUCCGGAAGCUGGACCAGCUCGACGUCAGCCGGGUCCGCGUCAUCCCUUUCUGUGGGAAGGGAGGCCGCUUCAAGUACGAGAUCCUGGUCAAGACGGGCUGGGGCCGAGGCUCAGGCACCACGGCACACGUGGGCAUCAUGCUGUAUGGGGCGGACAGCCGGAGUGGCCACCGGCACCUGGAUGGGGACAGAGCCUUUCACCGCAAUAGUUUGGACAUCUUCCAGAUUGCCACCCCGCACAGCCUGGGCAGUGUGUGGAAGAUCCGAGUGUGGCAUGACAACAAAGGGCUCAGUCCCGCCUGGUUCCUGCAGCACGUCAUCGUCAGGGAUCUGCAGACUGCCCGCAGCACUUUCUUCUUGGUCAACGACUGGCUGUCGGUGGAGACUGAGGCUAAUGGGGGCCUGGUGGAGAAGGAGGUGCUGGCAGCGAGCGACGCAGCCCUUCGGCGGUUCCAGCGGCUCCUGGUGGCUGAGCUCCAGCGGGGCUUUUUUGACAAGCACAUCUGGCUCUCCAUAUGGGACCGGCCGCCACGGAGCCGCUUCACUCGUGUCCAGCGGGCCACCUGCUGUGUUCUCCUCAUCUGCCUGUUCCUGGGUGCCAAUGCGGUGUGGUAUGGGGUCGUGGGAGACACUGCCUACAGCUCGGGGCCUGUGUCCGGUCUGAUGCCGCUGAGUGUUGACACGAUCGCCGUUGGCCUGGUGUCCAGUGUGGUUGUCUACCCCGUCUACCUGGUUAUCCUGUUCCUCUUCCGGAUGUCCCGGAGCAAGGUGGCUGGGGCCCCAAACCCCACACCCACAGGGCAGCAGGUCCUGGACAUGGACAGCUACCUGGACUCUUCUGUGCUGGACAGCUCCUUCCUCACCUUCCCUGGGCCCCGUGCUGAGGCCUUUGCUGGACAAAUGAAAAGUGACUUAUUUCUGGACGAUUCCAAAAGCCUAGUGUGCUGGCCAUCCAGCGAAGGCACGCUCAGUUGGCCAGACUUGCUGAGCGACCCAUCCAUCAUGGGCAGCACCCUGCAGCGGCUGGCACGGGGUCGGAUGGGCCACAUUCUGGGCCCAGAGGAGGACAGUCUCUCCCUGGUCAGCCCCUCCUCACCUGCCAAAUACUUCUCAGCUUCAGAUGAAGACCUGAUCCGGCAGAUCCUGGCUGAAGGGGUCAGCAGCCUGGCCCCCACCCAGGACACUCAAGUAGAAACGGAUCUGCUCACCGGCCUGCCCAGCGCUCCCGGGGAGAAGACGGAGAUGCUGAUGCUGCGGAGACGGGGGGACAGCGGCCUCCCCAGCCCAGGCCCGAUGUGGGAGCAGCCCCCGUCAGCAAAGCUCGCCAGGACAGGGCUGGUGGAGGGCCUGCGGAAGCGACUGCUGCCGGCCUGGUGUGCGCCCCUGGCCCACGGGCUCAGCCUGCUGCUGGCGGCUGCGGCCGUGGGCGUCUCGGGGUGGGUGGGCGCCGGCUUCCCCCCGGGCGUGAGUGUCAUGUGGCUCCUCGCAAGCAGCUCCAGCUUCCUGGCCUCGUUCCUCGGCUGGGAGCCGCUCAAGGUUCUGCUGGAAGCCCUGUACUUCUCCCUGGUGGCCAAGCGGCUGCACCCUGACGAGGAUGACACCCUGGUGGAGAGCCCGGCGGUGACACCUGUGAGCGAGCGUGUGCCCCGUGUGCGGCCCCCACACGGCUUUGCGCUCUUUCUGGCAAAGGAGGAAGCCCGAAAAGUCAAGAGGCUGCACAAAAUGCUGCGGAGCCUCCUGGUGUACAUGCUCUUCCUGCUGGUGACACUGCUGGCCAACUAUGGGGACGCCUCGUGCCACAGCCACGCCUACCGCCUGCAAAGUGCCAUCAGGCAGGAGCUAGAUAGCCAGGCCUUCCUGGCCAUCACCCGGUCUGAUGAGUUCUGGCCGUGGAUGUCCCAUGUGCUGCUCCCCUACGUCCAUGGGAACCAGUCCAGCCCAGAGCUGGGGCCCCCACGGUUGCGGCAGGUGCGGCUGAAGGAAGCUCUCUGCCCAGACCGGCCAGACUCGGGGGCGCACACGUGCUCAGCAGCUUCAGGUGGCUUCAGCACCAGCGACUAUGGCAUUGGCUGGGGGAGUGCUGCCCAUAACGGCUCUGAGAUGUGGGCCUACUCUGCGCCAGACGCGCUGGGCGUCUGGUACUGGGGCUACUGCUCUGUGUACGACAGCGGGGGCUACGUGCAGGAGCUGGGGCUGAGCCUGGAGGAGAGCCGCCAGCAGCUGGGCUUUCUGCAGCUGCACAACUGGAUCGACAACAGGAGCCGCGCAGUGUUCGUGGAGUUCACACGCUACAGCCCUGCCGUGGGACUGCACGCCGCCGUCACACUGCGCCUCGAGUUCCCCGUGGCGGGACACGCUGUGGCCUCCCUCAGCAUCCGUCCGUUUGCGCUGCGGCGCCUGAGCGCAGGCCUCUCAUUGCCUCUGCUCACCACGGCCACCCAGCAGCUGCGCUUCGUGCGUCAGUGGUCGGUUUUCGGCAAGACGCUGUGCCGGGCCCUGCCGGAGCUCCUGGGGGCAGCCUUAGGCCUGGUGACGCUCGCGGUGGCCUAUGCUCAGCUGGCUGUUCUGCUGGUAUCCUCUUGCGUGGACUCACUGAAGAGUGCGGCCCAGGCCCUCUUGGUGGUGUGCCCCAGGGCUGGUUGGCCAGCCCUGUGCCCCGAGUCCUGGCGCCUGUCCCCUGUGCUGUGCACGGGGCUCUGGGCCCUGCGACUGUGGGGUGCUCUGAGGCUGGGGGCAGUCCUUCUCCGGUGGCGGUACCAUACUCUUCGUGGGGAGCUCUACCGCCCGGCUUGGGAGCCACAGGACUACGAGAUGGUAGAAUUGUUACUGCGCCGACUGCGCCUCUGGAUGGGCUUCAGCAAGGUCAAGGAGUUCCGCCACAAAGUCCGCUUCGAAGGGAUGGAGCCACUGCCCUCCCGCUCAUCCAGGGGCUCCAAGUCGUCCCCAGAUGUGCCUCCGCCUACCGGGGACUCCGAUGCCUCCCGUCUCUCAACCUCUUCGAGCCAGCUGGAUGGGCUGGGUGUGGGCCUAGGCAGGCCAGGGCCACGGGUGGAACCUGAGCCCUCCCGCCUCCAAGCCGUGUUCGAGACCCUACUUGCCCAGUUUGACCGACUCAACCAGGCCACGGAGGAUGUCUACCAACUGGAGCGAAGGCUGCAGAGCCUGCAUGGCCGAAGAACCAGCCGGUCCCCAGCCUUACCUGCCCCUGGCUCCUCCACAGGCCUGCAGUCAGCCCUGCCCAGCCGCCUUGCCCGGGCCAGUCGAGGCAUCGGCCUGACUACAAGCCCCAGCAGGGCUUCCUUACGGGCCAAGAACAAGGUCCACCCCAGCAGCACUUAGUCCCCAGGGACCUGAGCUCAUGCCUUUUCCCCGGGGUGGCCUGUGGCUUCACUCCAGCCCCUUGGGCCCAGGAGAUAAUGCUCAGUAUUACUUUCUGCCACCCUCAAGGUCUAGGGCCAGGCAGAACAGCUGCAUGCAGCUCCCCCAGAGGGCGGGCAGCACUUGUCUCUCUGUGGGCUUCAGCACUUUAGAGGCCAAGUGGCCAGUCAGGACCCAGGGUCCCCUCUCCAGCCCCCUGUGGGAGGACACAGCAGUAUUGGACCGAGUGCCCGGCCUUUGAGAUACUAAUUUAUUUCCCAAGUCCUCAGGUACAGCGGGCUGUGCCCGGCCCCACCUCCUGGGCAGACAUUUCCCCCUUGCUAAGGAUCCAGGCUGCGGGGAGGGAACCUGCACCCCUUAUCCUCCCCCUAAAUUAUUACCUCUCCUGUCCCCUGCUGAGUGCACUUACUUCCAGCUGCCAUCUAUGUGUCUAUUGUCAGUAAUUUAUAUGGGGUUAAAAAUGUAUAUAUUUUUGUACGUCGCUAUUUUUCACUAGGGCCAAGGGGCCUGGUGGCUGCCAUGGCCUGGUGCCCACUGUUGCCCGCAUGGAGGGGGAGCUGGGACUGCAAAGCCGGCCUCCUUCCCUUAGACACGUGCCCACAUGGCCAGAGCCAAGGAAGUGACAGCUGCUGCUGGUUUCCGAGUCUGGCCUUGGGCAGGUGCUGGGGCUUUUGUUUGAGGGCACGGCUACUCCCUAGGCAGUUCUUAUCACCACCGAGGCCUUGCUGCCCUGCCCAAGGCCAGGCAGUGAGAGGCAGGGCCCAGGCCUGCUGGUGUCGGGUCUGAAUCAGGAACAGCACUACUGCGGGGAAAGACCCCUCCCUGGGGCUGGCUCCCGGGGCUGGGGAAGGGGAGUGUGCAAGCAAUUGUGUGAGGCUUUCCUGAAGGGGGGAGGCCUUGAAAACAACCUGAUGGGCCCCCUUAAUUCUGUGGGCGUGGCCAAAGCUUCAGCCUUGAUCCUGCCCCUCUUCACCUCCCCCCAAUAGACAAAGUCAAAUAAACGAGUUGGCUGACUGCUA